UGUGCAGAGUGCACAGGACCUCGGCGCCGCCGGGAGCCGCACUGGGCAUGCUCGGCUCUCGCUGGCUCUGGCGCCUGUAGGUGGGAAGCUCCGGCUCCCGGCGGCGGGGCUCGUAACCCGCAUCGAGAAGAGGCGCGGGCGGCGGAGGAGGUUGGUACGCGCUCGGUGCUGCAGAGCUCCCCGGGUGACCAUGGCGAGAGGCGCACGGCGACCACCCGAGUGGCGCAGCGGUGUCAGAUUCUUCUUGAACAAGUACCAACUCCAUGGAUCCAGGACAGGUUUGUCCCAUGACCUGCUCUGAGCAGUGUGCGGUCUGAGAGAAGAUUCCAUUGGCAAACCAUCUCUGGCCUUACGGAACAAGCAAAGACGAUGGGUCUUCAGAAGAGCCAUCUGACUGUGUGUUUACCACCUUCUGUGCCCUUCUUAAUCCUAGUAUCCACUCUAGCCACGGCUAAGAGUGUGACCAACAGCACUUUAAAUGGCACUGAUGUGGUCUUGGGCUCUGUGCCCGUAAUCAUUGCCAGAACUGACCAUAUCAUAGUCAAAGAGGGGAGCAGUGCCUUGAUUAAUUGCAGUGCUUAUGGCUUUCCUGACCUAGAGUUUAAGUGGUAUAAUUCUGUUGGCAAGCUGCUGAAAGAGAUGGACGACGAGAAGGAGAAAGGAGGAGGAAAAUGGCAAAUGCUGGAAGGUGGCCUCCUGAACAUCACCAAGGUGUCUUUCUCAGACAGAGGUAAAUACACAUGUGUGGCGUCUAACAUCUACGGCACUAUAAACAACACGGUGACACUGAGAGUCAUCUUUACCUCUGGAGACAUGGGUGUGUACUAUAUGGUGGUGUGCCUCGUGGCCUUCACCAUUGUCAUGAUCCUCAACAUCACCCGCCUGUGUAUGAUGAGCAGUCACCUAAAGAAGACUGAGAAAGCCAUCAAUGAGUUCUUUAGGACAGAAGGUGCAGAGAAGCUGCAGAAGGCUUUUGAGAUCGCUAAACGCAUCCCCAUCAUAACCUCAGCCAAAACUCUAGAGCUUGCCAAAGUGACUCAGUUCAAAACCAUGGAAUUUGCUAGGUACAUUGAAGAGCUUGCCAGGAGCGUGCCCCUGCCUCCCCUCAUCAUGAACUGCAGGACUAUCAUGGAGGAGAUCAUGGAAGUGGUCGGGCUGGAGGAGCAGGGGCAGAAUUUUGUGAGGCAUACCCCAGAAGGCCAGGAAGCCCCAGAUAGGGAUGAGGUAUACACCAUCCCCAACUCUCUGAAGCGAAGUGAGUCCCCCACCGCUGACUCGGAUGCUUCAUCAUUGCAUGAACAGCCUCAGCAGAUUGCCAUCAAGGUUUCAGUUCACCCCCAGUCCAAAAGGGAUCAUGUAGAUGACCAGGAGGGAGGACACUUUGAGGUCAAAGAUGAAGAGGAGACAGAACCAUCAGAGGAACAUUCCCCAGAGACUGCAGAGCCUUCUACAGACAUAACGACCACGGAGCUGACGUCCGAAGAGACGUCUCCUGUAGAGGCACCAGAACGAGGACUGCCACCAGCACACCUAGAAACAACCGAGCCAGCAGUGACAUGUGACAGAAACACCUGCAUUAUUUAUGAAAGCCAUGUCUAAUCUUAACUCCGAAAAGCUAUGCAUAUCAAGAAAAUCAGGGGCUGCUCCUUAAUACAAAUGUAGUAUGCACUUGCCGCUAAGCCUUACCAGGAGACGCUCAUCCCUUAGGUAAGAGUGAUGCCCCCUCGAGAGGGAAGACACCUGCAUGGAGUUCAUGUGACUGGAAUCACCCCAGUAGAAAAGGAUCUGAAGAGUGCUGGGGUACAGAACUGAUAAGAUGGAGCAGGGGUCUGUCCGUGUGAUCUGAACUAUAGAGACCAUUCUCUGCCAAAUUCCUUAAGUGGUGAUGCCCUUUUGGCCAAGAGUACACUAUUGUUGUAAGACGUUCUGAGUUCAGGAGCCCUGUCUAGUGCGUACUGCAUUGCUUUUCCUUGGAAAAUUACAGGUCUGCUACAGUAGCAAAGGCUCACACAUGGGUUUGUUGCACUUUGUUGUCAGUUUGAAUUACCUACGCCGUUCUUUCCUAAUGGAGUAGUUGUUAUUAUAUUAAUAUUAAUUGCUCUUUCUGCUGGAAUCUUCUGUGUCACCUUUGUCCUUAUUUUCCUUGAGGAGGGUUGACCUCAGAGUCUUGGGUGUCAGCCACAGACACAGUUGAUAUCUGUAAGUCAUAUGUAACGCUCCAAAGCAGUUACUACACGCCUUUUUAUUUUUCCUAAUUUCCUCUUUAAAAAAAUUAAUAACCUCACAUCUAUUUUUCAUAGACUUUUUGUUUCCAAUGAAGCUGCUGUUGUGAAACUGAGAAAAACUCUGCCCCCAGAUAGCACUUUAAGAGUCAAAUAAAAACAUUUACCUGCCUGCCCAGUUCUGAGAGCAUUCAGCUGUGGUAUCCAGUGAGAUUGUAAAUGCUUAGAUAUACCAGUAACACUCAUGUAAGUGUAAGAUCAAACGAAGACAGGUUCUUUCCCUGGGAGAUUUCCUUCCAAAGACAGAGAUGUCUGGUGAUUUCCUGAAGGUAUAGCAGAUCACCUUCCCACAAGGCCUUGCAGGAUCCAUAGAAUAUUGUCAGCUCCGUAGAUUUAAGGCAGCAAAACUAGUGGCUCGGCAAACAGUAUAACCAAGUCCCCAUUAGACUGCAUACUUGACUUGUUGGGCAUUGCAAGAUGAGGAAAAUAACCUAGAUGACUUUUAUCCUAAAGUGAUUCAAUUCUUUGUCCCACUAAAAUGCAGUAUAUGUAAGGUAGCUUGAUACUAGAGAAAAGAACACAAACCAGCCAUCCACAGGUUUAAUACUUGACUGUGCCAAUAACCAGCUGCCAGGCUUUUGGCAAGGCUGGGCCUCAGUUUUCUUCUCUGUAAGACAGGGCAAACUGGAAUGAACUCUGAGGGCACCUCGCCCCCACCUAAUGGGAUCAAAUUCAGAAGAAAAGAACCCAAUAGUUAAACUUUUUUUUUUUUUGCCUCUUUUCAUGAUAUGAAGUUUUAAACAGUUUUGCUUCACCUCUGGAGACCCACUUUUAAUGCUGUAUUAGUAACUCAAAUGAGAAGGAUCACAGCAUUUUCAACAAAAUCGAGAAUCGUUCCUCUCUGAAAAUAAUGAGGCCCUCUUCUCCGAUUUAAAUUUAAUCUCGGUAAGAAUAAUGAGUACUGUUAUUUUAUUUUUAAAUACAAACAAGGGAGACUGAAACUUUAAAACAGAGAUCAGAAGCCACAUAGUGUGUGAUGGGCAUGAUGGGGUUAUGACUUCAGAGGCUGCAUGGGUUAUCAAAACAGACCCAGAUGUUUAAUGACCAUGUGAUUGCCAUCAGAGGAAGUGACCAUGGACAACUGCUUUCUUGCUGAGUUAUUGGGCUUUUGCAUGUGAGUUGGAGUAUGCUGCUAAUGGUCAGUAGUGUAGGUCACCCCUUGAGCUCCCCUUAGAAUAUCAUGGAAAGUCUUUAAACUGUAAUAAUCCUUUUAAGUCAGUGGGAACAAAAGUGGGUACAUUAGGCGAGGUCCGUGUGUGAUCUGCACUCUACAGCAGGGGUAGAUGUAAGUGAGGAUAGUAGGAUUGUCUGCAGAAAUGACCAGGACAAGGCUACAGACGAUUCCUGUGGAAAUCAAUCUGACCAGACUUGGAGUUUGAUCAGAUUUACCCUGUAUGAGAAAUUCCUAAUUGAAAUAUCUUAUGGGUCACCUAAAGAAACCUAUAGCCUGCAGCUAUAAGAAGCCAUGACUUCUUUUCGGGCUCUCUGGAGGGGGAUUUCAUAUAGAAAAGUUUUUUCCCAGCUCUUAGAAUAUACAGAGUCCAUGAUUUUCAUGAAGAUUGACAAAUACUUUUGAUAUAUCUGCCCACAGUACCAACAGGGACUAACUAUUGAAUGUUUUGUUGAUGAUAUGUGAACUCUAUUCUAUUCAGUUCUCAUUCUAUCCAAACCCAUGUGUAGAAUUCCUCCUGGAACUGCAUUCCAUACAGAUACUGAUUUAGGAUUAUAAGCUAAAGGAGGCCAACUUACUAUGAAACAAGAUGUAUGACCAAAGAAUGUUUCCAGUUUGAUUUGGAUUCUUUAGCCUGCAGUGGGAUAGAGAGUGAGGGGAUGAUUUUCAAACCUUCCUCUUUAAGGCACCACCUGUUCUUGGGAUAAGAAUCUCCUACUUUAAAAGGAGCUUAGCUUCAUAUGGAAUUUCUCUAUCCAAAUUCUGUGCUCUGGAUAUCCCUCAGCAGAGCCUUCAAAAUGAGAAUAGUUUCUCAUGAGAAUAUGAAAUGUGGAAAGCCUUAUAACAACUCAGCUAAUCGUUUCCCCCCAGAAGUGAACCCCAUUCUUAGAAUUAUUCAUGGGGUCCCAUUGAACAUAUACACACACACACACACACACACACACAUGCAACAGACUCAUUUGGGCAGUUUUAAAAGUGUAACAUUCGAUCCCAGCACUCAACAUUCAAUCUCAAUCUUUGGAUCUGCUAUAGUCAUUCUUUAAAAAAAAAAUCAAUUUCAGGUUUCUGACUCAUCUGCUUAUACCUCUAGCAAUUUUUUUCUUGAAAUUCUGAAAAUGAUUCACAUACAUAUGCAUAUUUAAUUCUCUUAGAUAAUCUAUAAACUUGGAUGGUAUUUAUUCUGAAUGGGAAAAAUACCCAAAAUUUUAUAUGGGGAAAAUCUAUGUAAUUUAUAAUGGUUUGUUUUAUAUAUUUAUAUUUUCAUAUCUUUAGGGCACAUCUGUUGUUCUCAUCUUUUUGUACAUCAUAGUUGGCAAAAAGAAAAACUAAUACUUGACUAAAAUCUCUAGGAACCAAAUGUGAUAUAUGUCAUACAUAAUGUAUAUAAAUUGCUCGAGAAAUACGUGAAUGUUCCCACCCAAGCCAAGCAUUGUUUUGUCAUGUCAUUACAGCCAGAAUGUCUGGGGUGCUUACAAACAUUACUUUUUCACAAGGAAGACUGAAAAGCCUGAUAUCCUACACAGUGGCUCUCGGACUCUCUUUCCCUUCGUUAUCUUAUUUGUCCCUUCUUUAACUGAGUGCAUCCUUCUAAAGGGCAAAUGAGAGCCAGUGAGAACACAGGAGGAGUGAAUCUAGUUAUGGCUUAGGUAUAUCACAUUAAUAGAUUGAGGGCAUGCUUUAAAUCCCAGGUUCAGGUUGCCAUUCACUGGCCAUGUGGCAUCUGCUCAGUUCUAUUGCACACAAAGGGUAGGGCAUGAAGAAUGAAUGAAUGCUUGCAUGUUUUGAACAGGCACGGUGGACAUUUAGUGCAGCAUAGUGGUGACUAUGGGGAUACCCAUGUGGCACUGGAAGUAAUGUUGUAGAAAAUCAAAUCAGCUACUUUUUUCUUACACACUUUGAAGUAGUAUGUUUAUUCCUGUGUUAGAACUUUUAAAUGGCAGUCUCAGUGAUUACAUGAACUAGGGAUUUCCUUCCCAUGUCUUCAUUUGGUAAGAAAUAGACCAUCAAAGUCUCUUUAAAACAAUGUUUUCUCAGUACAUUCAACUGCUUUCCUCCAUAUGACUUAGCACAUCCUCUCAGAAACCCCAUAAGUAAUUUUUGUUUUUAUUGUUGCUUCUUAAACACUUACUGGUAGUCUUUAAAUAUCACUCAAACUCCAUUGUGUAUUUACACACAGUUUUGAACAUAUAUUAAUUUUAAGAUAUUGAUUUUACAUUUCACCAAUCAAGCCUUCAAACCAGUAACGAAGUUCAUUUUAUUAAUAGCCUUUUAUGAUUUCUUCAGAGAUUAACAGGCUUUGAUGAAACAAACCAUUGGUGAGUAAAAUAAUCAAAUAGUACAUAAUUAUUAUAUUUUCCAAAAGACUAAGUGGUUGAUUAUUAUACAAGAAAAUCUCAUAUAAGAAGGAUGCUCUUUGAAUGACUUUUCUUUUCCUUAAAAUGGGCAUGUAAGUGGCUAGCUCUGAGACUACUACAAUCACUAAAGAUAGCUAGAAUAAAGCUAAAAAGUAAAUCAUUCUAAGAGCGUUAUGGAGAAAAUCAAUUUUUAUUAUUUAACCAAUUAUAAAAGCCUCAAAAUGCAUCUCUAAUACUACAGAACCAUGAACAGUGAGUUAGUUUCAAAGAAUAUGUUCGCUUCUAUUUUUUGGUUUACUGUGCUUCACUAGUUCUGAACAUUCUUUGUUAAACUGGGAAUGAGAAAUGAGAUAGAAGAUGUAUCAGGAAGAAAUAAGAAAUAAUUUAAAGGUAUAAACAAAUGACUAAACUAGAAGUUGGUAUCACUGUAGUAAAGAGAAACCAUGGCUUGUGAUCCAUCCUGUAGUCUGAUGUUGCUUUAAUAAAGGGUUUACACAGG